GAGAGCUUACUGUUCGCAUCCUACUCAUGUUAGCUUGGGAUCAUGCAAUUCAUCAAGUGCAAAAAGAUUUUCAUAAAUUCAUCUACACGUAUCCUUUAACGAUUAAGCAAUACUUGACUGCAUUAAUGUCAGAUGUCAGUUGUCUCAAGGGUCAAGUUAAUUCUGAUAGUAUGGACUAUCUGUUGAGCGGCAUUGUAUUUUUUACGCACUUUAUAGUUGUGGCACAGUCUAUAACAAAAGAAGAUUUACGUUACUUUUUCUGUCGCGGUGCAGCAUUUCAAUGUCAAAGUGGACAAACUGCUAUAGAUCAUGGCAUUCCAGUUCUUCUGCCAAAUGGCGAGUUCACCUGCAUUUUAAUACAAACGCACAAUUAUAGUGUAAGCGACCCUAAUAUUAUUUUUGCAAGUCUUGUAAUUACUCCGCAAACUGUAGGGCUAGAUGUGGAUCCUGAUUGGCCAUAUCUCGUUUUGUAUUUUACUUUAGGUUAUAAAGAUG